AUGGUGUCUACGAUCCUGCUUUCCGUUCUGAUUGGUGUGCUUCGCAUGAUGGCCAUCCUGCCGAACAUGGUGUGGACACAACUUCCAUGCUAUGCAUUCUACUUUGUGAUGCUCGUUUUUUGGCAGCCGAUACGUGGUACUUUCACAUCGUCUCGCAUCGUCUUCCUUGACCGUCUCUGCAUCCCGCAAGAUGACGAGGAGAAGAAAGCCGCAGGUAUCCGCGGCCUUGCUGGUUACCUGGACCGAGCACGCACCUUGACCGUCUUAUGGUCGAAUGACUACUUUGGGCGGCUCUGGUGUGUGUUUGAGCUGGCCACUUUUCUCCGGAAUCGUUGCAACCGGACGAUCCAGCUCCUGCCAGUGGAGAUGUCCAUGCUCGCCUUUUUGAUAGGUCUCUGCUACAGCAUGGUAAAUCUGGCCCACCGGGUGAUCAACGAGGCACGCAACAUCACCGGGCCCGAAUAUGACGGCAGAAUCGAGCCAGCCCCCUGGCUGGCAACCCUGAGAGCCACUGGUUGGGUGGUAGUGAUGGGUGGGCCUGUGGUCCCGUUCUACAUAUAUCUCGGCCUGAACUUCAUGAUGAAACUUCGCCUCCUACCCACGCAGCUGCACACUUUCGAUGCUCGAAAGGCUAGCUGCUACUGCUGCACGGUGGAUCAUACGGACCCUCGGAACAACGCUCCCAUCUUCUGCGACAGACAGUUGAUCUUGGAAAAGCUGACGGAGUGGUAUGGAGAUGAAGACUGCGAAGACACCGAUACGGGGAUCGAUAGAGCGAUUGAGCAGUUCAACCACCUGGUGCGCAAGGAGCUCGCCGACGUUUUCCUUGAGAUGAUGUCGGGCCGCGACGUUCUGUGGCAAUAUGUCUACCUGUUGAUCGGCAUGAACUGUCCGGUUGUCACCUUCCUCCUGGGCGACAUAGGCUUUCCGCCGGACUCGAUGGAAGGCCGGGCCCUGCAUUCCUGGAGAGCCAGGGAAUGCACCGGCUUUUGCCACAUCUUCCUGCAAAUCUUCGCAGCGGUGCAGCUGUUUUCGACAGUGUGGACUCUUGGGGCGAUAUAUCUCAAAGAUCAUCAUCGGUUCAUGGCUGCUUUGAUGUUGACCCCCAUUCUGAUCGUCUUGGCGGUGGGGCUAUUCUACUAUCCGUUCCGACUGGGUUUGGAGCUCUCGGUUGACGGAAACCUGCUGCCGCCGCUGACAGCUGUCGUGCUCGAGGCCCUUGUCCUUGCCGCCUUGAGCUACACGCGCCGAUUGGCCACGGCAUCGUUCACCCGAACAGCCCUGGAGAGCGCGGAGCAGCUACAGAACUGGCAGGCAGCCAAGUCGCUCAGCCUGAGGUCAUCAGAGUCGGGACAGGAUGUUCCGGCGGACGUAGUGAGCCAUGACAGUUUCUUCAGCAUAUGA